AUGUUUUUGAGAAAGGUUCAAGCCAAAAAGCUAGUGACCGAAGAUUACAGAUUCUUUACUAGAAGCUUGGCUGAUAAAUAUCCAAAUGAUGAUGAUAUCGAAGGUAGUUAUAUGAAGAGAAGACUUCAACAGUUGGCGGAGGAAGCACAUCCGUCUUCUGCAGAUCCAAAUGCUGGGAAAAUCGAAGAUGCGUUUCCGUACAACAAGAUUGAGAUGCACGCUAAGCUUGACAAGAUUCAGAACGAUCCUUCGAACUUCCAGUAUCAGCAUCAGCAGGCGAUAGGCGUGAGUAAGCUUCCAGCUUCUGCAAGCAAGCACACAAGAGAUAUAGCUCUGUCUAAGCCGUGGACCGGAGUAGAAACUCAUUAUGACGCGUCAUUACGGAUGUUGAAUGAUUCGAUCAAGCCGAUGAAGGUAAAGAAAAGUUCGAACACCAUCAUCACCCCACCACAGCCCAUACGAGAACGGAUACACGAUGCCAGGGAAGGGGCAUUGGAUUACCGGCUUGCGAAGAUCUCCAAUGGCGGAGGGAAGGGAAAAGCCGCCAAGCAGAGGGGAGAGGAUGAUGAUGAGUGGGCCGAAAUGUACAGAGAAAGGCUUCUUGGGCCCUCGAUGCUAUUGAAUGACUCAUUUGCAUCUGUGGACAACAGCAUCAAGUCGUUGGCGGACCAGCGGAUCAUGGAUGCGCAACGACGUGGAGAGUUCAAGAACAUCAGGAGGGGCAAACCGUUAGAAAAGGGAUACGGGUCCACGGAGAACAUGUUUGUAGACAGGACGGAGUACCACCUCAACCAGAUUUUGAAAAGGCAGGAUGCGUUGCCGCCUUGGAUCGAGAAACAGGGCGGCUGUGACUUGCGUAUUUUGCGGUUUCGGGAAGAGCUUGACAAGGAGUGGCUACAAUGGGUGCUCAACCGUGUGAAGGGCAAGUUCCCUGGGGCCAGUGAGGAGGAACUCGUUGCCAGGAUGGCGACGUAUGCGAAGAAUGAGCUGGAAGACACCCCGGGGGGCGAGAGGUUGAGAGGCGAUGCGUGGGUGCAGACGAGGAGACGCCAUCUGGACAGCAAGCUCCGGGACCUGAACGACACGAUCCGUGGGUACAACCUCCAGGCACCCUUGGCGUCGCAGAAGCUGUACUUGCUUUUGGACAAGGAGCUUGCUGGGUGCUACAAGCGGGUGGCGCCGCUUCUCGUGGAGGCGUUCAAGAAACAUCUUCGGGGAGACGAUGGCGGGGCCACUGCGGACGCAGACGCCGCCACCGCUGCCACACACAGCUACUCUGGUCUUCCGCAGCGGGAGAACGUGUACCAGCACGAGACGGAGUCGCUGGGCAGCAUGUUCAAGAAGAUGUUCUGGUGA